UCGGAACAAAACGGAACUGUGACCUGUGGCAGCGAACAAUUCAUCAAAUUGCUUCUUAUGGACGUCAUCCUUUUCUUUUUCAAGGAGUCCACUUGUGUUUAGUGUGAAAUUGAAUCACUCUCGUAGGGAAUACAAAGCAAAAAACUCGCAGAUCAGCGUUUCGAUCGACAAUCGCGGCUUAUAGUAACUUCGCCAUUAUUUGUCUUACAAUUUUCACUUUGACUGUACUGAACUUGACAAGAUAUCUCGACUUCUUCUGUCCUGAAUUCGUGGAAGAAGUUUUCUCUCGUGAAAGCCCAGCCUGAUAAACACAGUCCUGAACAGUCAGCUUAACCUUGCUUAUGGGUUGUGGCUCUUCACAAGCUACCACGACAGUUUCUCCGCAGCCUGCUCCAAAAUUGAAGAGAAUCAAAGAAGAGGAUGAAAAUGCUCUUCAGUCGAUUUCUAAACGAAGUUCAUCCUCCCGCUCUUCAAUAAAGGAGAGCAAUGGGCAUGCUCAGAGGAUAACAGAAAAUGGUGGACACGGAAAAGAGUCGUCUAUUAAGCAGACGCUUAAAUCUGUGUCUCCGCCAUCCUCUGCCAUUGGUCGUGUUCCUCUUAGUGAUUCUCCAAAGGGAAGUGCGAACAACAAUAGAGACUCGGAGAGCACAAGUAGCGAAGAAGUUCAUGAAAAUGGUGGCACUGAUGGUCCCGAUAAUACUGAACUAUCCCCUGCUGAAGGAAAUACCGGGAUGGAUACAACAGAUGCCACAGACAAUGUGACUCAGUCUAAAAAUAGUGUUAGUUCCGUUCAAGAAAACCAAUGUAUUAAGGAAGAGCCACAGAAGGAAGGGUCGCCUACUUCGGAUGGUGACGCGUCUCAAAGCAAAGUUACUGUAAAUGAGGAGAAAGCUACCGAGAACCAAAGUACAGGUGUUGGUGAGAAAGGUGUUCAUAAUGAUAGAGGAAACGAAGAUUCACCUGAAGUUGUUAAAGACACCGUCGAUGAAACCGGAGACGUUUCAGCAAGGGACGAAGUUGGUGAAGGGGUUGCUCAGAUCGACUCAACGCAACAAAGUGAAGCGCAACAGAGAGUCAUCAGUGAAGUCAGCAUAUCUGGCAAGAACGAAGAGGAUCCCUCACAGGAUGAGAUUCAGGGUGUGAAUGGAAAAUUUCCUAAUGAGGAUAAAGAGGCUGCGGAGACUGACUUAAUUCAGCAAAGGGUUGCCAGUGAUGCUAGUUUACCUGUCGAGGUGGACAAUACCGUCGCAACUAGUCAAACCAAGCGUUCCAGUAUAGCAUCAAGUCACCACUCCACCUUACCUUCGGAUAGCGAAGUAAAUGCUUUAAUUCAGGAGUUAGAUUCCGUAUUACCUACUCCGGCAGAUAAGACAAAACACUCUGAUGCGAGUGAAGUCACAAAAGAGGAUCCUUCAUCGCCCGGCGGAGAAGACAGCUCAGGUGAUAACAACCUUGGGCACGACUCUAUGUCCGCCCCUGUCGAAGCUACGGAAGCAACAGAACCUUCUAAAGAGGAUUCCGUGCUUGAAACUAAAGAAAGUGCAGCCCCUCUUGCCGAAUCAACCGACGAUUUUACGUUGAAGAGUAACAGUCCGAUUUUUGGACGUAUAUGCACCUUGAGCGCGAGUGUCCUUGUAGGCUCCCUAGAUAAUCCACAAGGGGAACAAAAUGUUACACUAACCGGAUCUGUGUACCGUGUGCCCAGAAUAGACGGGGGUGCGACCGCACCUAAACCGGGGGAAAAAAUCGGGAUCAUUAAGGGGGACGUCACCUCAACACCUACUGAUGAUGAAUCCAGUGUCCAAUUAGCCACCCUUCGAGGAGAUCUUUUGGCCGUUUCUGGAGAGGCAGCGUCGCAAGGACAUGUCGCUACGGCCUCAAUAGAUGUUUUGUCUAGUGCGACUGGAGAAAUAAUAGCAACCAUAACGGCGGAUGUUGCUCCAAAUGAUGAUGCAGACAGUCCGUCGGGUGUCAUCUCUGGAGAGGUCCUCGGCGCUUCGGAAAAUGGAUCUUACGACGAGAAAAUUGGAACCUUGGCGGGAAAAGUUGUGGCGUUGACAUUUGAUGAUGAUACCGUUUCAUUGUCGAGUGCAGAUGAAGAACUUCUGAAACUCCGGCGAGAGAGUUGCUUUAUCUGAUUCGAUUGGGUAGAAGUAAGAUUCAAGAAAAAUCAUGCUUCGUCUUUUCCGCGUAAACUCGGAAAUCAGAACGGUUUUAUUUUUGUCCUUUAAAAUGAUAAUAUUUGACGUUUCUCCCGAAAUAUUAAAUUAUUCUCUUGUAAACUUGGGAUCAUACGUGCAAAGUUACUUUUUCCUAGUCUCCGCGGAGUAAUUAAUUUUAUCAUUAAGAUAACCGUUUAAUUAAUUUUGGAAAAGUUAAGAAGUGUUUCAAAUUAGUUUUUAUCGUAGGCGAGUAGCACUAAAUGCGCGAGGAAUAUCCACACACGACAUUCAAGAAUGUCUGUGAAUUAUGUUCUAUUAUUGCAACUUAUCGUUAUAUUUAUUAUUUCCAACCACGAGCGGAAUACGAAUCGAGUCAGGUUGGAAUUGUACUUAUUAAAUACAAUAUCGACCGAGAUGGUUCUGAAUUUUGUUUUAAUUGAUUGCCGUGCCAAAAAAUUUGGAAAUUGAAUUGAAUGAAAUAAAGAAAUGAAUUUCUCAAAUUCUUCUAAUCAUUAGAGAGUUUCUCUUGGAAUGAUUUUCACACUGGGCUCUAGUUCCCCAACUUUUACUUUCAUUGUCACUGUAGAUGGAGUGUCCAGUCAUAUCCAAAAUGUUAAAACGGAUUCGAAAAAGAGGAUGGGAUUGUGGCCUACCAUUGUCAAUUUUCAUAGGUUCACGAUUCAAUGCAGUUUGGGAUAAAUAAUAAUAAUAAUAAUAAUAAAGACUUUAUUUUACGAGGGUAACACAUAAUAGCAUAGCUAAUAAACUUG